AUUCCUUCACCAUCCAGCAAAGUUUCUACCGUGCAUAGAAGAACAUCUGUGGCUUUCUUACGUGCUGUGCGGCACUACUUCAUACCUGUUCAACUCCUAUCAGGGUCACCAAAAACAGAAUUAGUCCGCGACGCGGAUGUAGACGAGUACAGUAGCGCGGAAAUCAGUCAUCGAAGAACCAUCGCGCCAGCUAGUUUGGCCCGCCGAGACGCCGCGGUGUGGAGUGAAGAUGUCCCGAUACGUGAGGAUGUGUCCGUCGGCAGUACAGUCUACAGUAUCACUCACGGCGCGACAAACGUUGUACAUGUUUGGUUGACACGGGAUCCGUCAUGGGUUACUGACCCCACCGACACUGGAACCUACUGGAGCCCGCUGAUCGGCCCGGACCCACUUCCUGGCCAGAGCGUCGACAACUGGUACAUCGCCCUGGACCUCGCAGCGCCCCGAACUCUGAACAGCAUCGCAUUCAACAAGUACGGUGACACCGUCAAUGACAUCGCAGCCUUCACGUUGCAGAAGUCGCAGGUUGGGAAUCCAUACAGCUGGGAGGACGUCACGUCCGUCGAUAACGAGCAGGGAGGGACCGCCCAACGGCAGGAGUUCGGCGGGUUCCAGGGAACAGCGCGGUACUGGAAGUUCCUGAUCACUCGGACCCACUCGGGCCUGCAACCAUAUCUCACAGAACUGAACCUCUAUGGAAUUGGAAUUUCCUCAGAAUUUUGUGGGGUGGGAGAUGGGACAUCCUACCGAGGAACAGUCUCUGAGACCGAAACAGGCAGGAAGUGUCAGCGCUGGGACAGUCAGACACCUCAGGAACACGACAGGACACCCGCCAAUUAUCCGUCAUCCGGACUAGAGCAGAACUACUGCCGGAACCCAGUCGGUUUGCCAAACGUUUGGUGCUACACCGCGGAUCCUAGAAAGAGAUGGGAGUAUUGUGACGUACCAUUAUGCGAUAUGAUGCCAUACACGGUCAAACACCAGCGAGACUUCAUAAAUGUCAGCGCGGACUUCAUGGAGGAAAACGGAACAUCAAUAUGGUCAUUGAACAUCACCAAAGGCAACGAUUUCGGACGGUUCGAUGUUGUUGCUGAGACCUUGUCGAUAAUCGUUACAUCACCGCUGGACUAUGAGUUCCACUCGCGGUACAACCUGUCCCUGGAGCUGAAGAACACUGCAGACAACAGCGUUUGGCAGAUGAACCUAGCCAUUCUGGUCAUGGACGUGACGGGAUACCCGCCGUACUACAACAAGCUAUGUGAAACACCCGUUAUACCUGAUGAUGGGACAGCUGAGAACUAUGUAGUCAUGAGCACGAUGGCACAUCUCGAGCUAAAUGGGGUCAGCAGUGGACGGUUCCUUGACAUUUUCUCCUAUUUGCGUCAAGAACUUGUCGAUGCUAUCAUGGGCAACUGCUCCCUUCGAGUGUGUGCUGCUUUGAGUUCAGCAGAUGCGCUUGAUAUUUUCGAACUCGCACUCAGGAGGUCAGAGAAUCGGCGCACGGGAAUAGAGUGGCAAUGUCGCGACAAAGAGAUGAGAAGUAAUGGUAGGCUGGUUGGGAUGUUGAACAAACGAUACGAUACGUUGCCUGAGUGGGCAGAUAGUGGUCAGUGUUUUACGGCAGAGAGUUCCCGUUAUGUUGUGCUUUUUGAGGUCUGGUCCGCUCCAAUCAAUUGGAUAAAAUGUGGCGCUAACGUCACAUUUUUUGAUGGCAACACACAGUUCGUAGAGUUCACAUUCCAGUCCACUAUUAUAGGAUGUCCCGAGGGCAGGUACGGACUGUACUGUGACAAUGACUGUGUUUGUAAGAACGGAGUCCGUUGCCAUGGUUUUAACGGUGCCUGCGAGUGCCGUCCUGGCUGGAGAGGAAGGGCCUGUGAUAUACCCUGGCCCGAGGUCGUCAUCAUCGCGUCACCUGGCGAUUCAGUCGUGAAGUACAUCGGUGCCAAUCUGACUCUGACCUGCCUGACUCCACACAUCCAUGUGGUGAACAUGACGUGGAUUUACAAAGCAGAAAUCGACUAUAAUGACACCAAGUUGAUCCUUAAUGACACAAAAGAAAAAGGGGUAUUUGUAGUGCAGAACAAUUCCAUCAGAUUUAAGCCAAUCUUGGAAUCAGCCAAUGGUGAAUACAUUUGUGUGGUACAAGGUAUAGACGGUACAGUUGUUAACGCAACUUUCGUUCUGAACGCCACCAAAUGCCCACCCAACUAUUAUGGAGAAGUUUGUAGCGAAAAGUGUGACUGUCAGUACGGAGGGACGUGUGACAGGUGGGAGGGUUGUCUGUGUCCUCCCGGUCGUCAUGGAGACAGGUGUGAGCACACAUGCGCACCUGGCAGUUUUGGUUUAAACUGCAGUAGGAACUGUAACUGUCAGAACAAUGCCUCCUGUGAUCCAGUCAACGGCACCUGUUUUUGUGCUGAAGGGCAGUCGGGUGAAUUUUGUGAGAACGCCCCCAAACCUGAGAACAACCAAGUCGUUGUUAUUGUAUUGGCUUCCGUUAUUCCUGCUAUGAUCAUACUAGUCGGCAGCAUUGUAAUUGUGAUGCUGGUACGGCGACGGUUAGAAACAAAGUACACAGGUGUGGACACUGAAAUGGACAUCCUUUCAUCAUGGGAAAUUGACAAAGAGGACAUUAGUUUCGAGCACAUGAUCGGCGAGGGAGAGUUUGGCCAUGUCGUGCGGGGGAGACUGCGCGUGCCGGCGGGCUACCAGGUUUUGGUUGCCGCCAAAAGUAUCCGGCCUGACCGUAUGACAGCGUUGGCUGUCCGUGACUUUCGCCGAGAGAUGGACAUUCUAGCGAGGCUCCACGAGGACAGAGAGGGACACCCAAACGUGGUGAAGUUUUAUGGAGUUCUGACAAAAUCGGAACCACAGUACAUUGUUGUAGAGUACGCAACUAAUGAAGAACUGCGGCGGUACCUGUGGAGUUUGAGAGAAGAGUACAAGGUGACAGGACAUAGGAAACUGUUAGAACGACUAAGGUUUGCUUCUGGCGUGGCCAGUGGGUUAUCAGAGCUGGCACGUCUGAAGAUCGUGCACCGGGACAUCGCAGCUCGUAAUAUCGUCAUCAGCGACAGGAAGGUGGCCAAGAUAGCGGAUUUCGGGCUGUCGCGUGACGUUUACGUGUCGUCGGCGUACAAACGCACCAACCAGGGCGGAGAGGAGGAGCUGUUGCCGUUGAAGUGGAUGGCCCUGGAGUCGUUACGGGACGGCGUGUACACGUGCGAGAGUGACGUGUGGUCGUACGGCGUGCUGCUGUGGGAGAUCGCCAGCUUCGGGGAGGAGCCGCGCUAUGCGGGGGGUCCCAUGCACCCGGAUGUUUGCACACUGUUGGAGCUCCUGCAGAAAGGAGUCCGUCUGCAGCAGUCAAAGGACUGCCCGCUGUCGGUGUACCGCAUCAUCAGGUGCUGUUGGAUUGUUGACCCAUCGAAGCGACCGACGCCUGAGGAACUCUUGCAAAAAAUAGACCAGUUGAUGCCACGGAGAGAUGCCUCUCAAUCAUAACAUUUCUUGACAAUGAAGUUUCUUCUAUAGACCAACUGAGGCUCAAUCAAGCACCAUAGACAGUCACGGUCUUAUAUCCUCAUGGUCUCUCAUCGGCUCAUGGAUGACAUGUUUUAUUUCUGAGAAAAAGGAGGUUGAAUCAAAUUCUAGCAACAUUGGUUAUCUUCGUUGGUUCUUUGUUCAUGGGUUGAACAUUUGGUUCAUUGAUAUUGAUAGCACCUCCAUAAGUAAGGAAAUUAUGGAUGAAUUGUGAUAUUUGGUAUGUGAAAAUUUGGUGUAAUGACAAAGGCAAAGAUAAAUCUUGCGCCUUCUAGCGACUUUACGUGGUACUGCAGUAGAUCUUCCGGUUUCUAUAUACGCUGUCUUAUUUUGUUUAUUGUGAGGUAGGUUUUGUCGUUGGGAAGAAUGGGUGUGAAAUUCAGCCCCCUAUCAGAUUGCUCUCUGCUGGUACUGCAGGGGUAAUUUUGUUUAAACAAUUCAAAGAGGGUAA